UGUUAAAUUCCGUGAUGGCAACAAGGUGACAUGAGCUGAGGAUGACCCUGACUGAAAGGCUUCGUGACAAAAUAUCUCGGGCAUUUUAUAGCCACGGGCUUUUUUGUGCAUCCUACCCUAUUCCUAUCAUUCUCUUCACUGGCUUUUGUAUCUUAGCCUGUUGCUAUCCACUACUGAAGCUCCCCUUGCCUGGAACAGGACCUGUGGAAUACACUACCCCUGUGAAGGAAUACUCACCACCACUAUCAGACCCAGAUCACGAACAGAAGGAUCGGAGUGAACAGCCAGACUGGUAUGUGGGAGCUCCAGUGGCCUACAUUCAGCAAAUAUUUGUGAAAUCCACUGUUUCUCCUUGGCACAAUAAUUUGCUGACAGUGGAUGUGUUCCGCUCACCUCUCUCCCGGGUGUUCCAGCUGGUAGAAGAAAUCCGAAACCAUGUGCUGAGAGACAGCUCUGGAACCAAGAGCCUCGAGGAAGUAUGCCUGCAAGUGACUGAUCUCCUGCCGGGCCUAAAGAAACUUAGGAAUUUGCUUCCUGAGCAUGGCUGCCUUCUCUUGUCACCUGGAAACUUCUGGCAAAAUGAUCAGGAGCGCUUCAGUGCUGACCCUGAUAUUAUCAGAACUAUCCAUCAGCAUGAACCAAAGACCCUACAGACUUCUGCAACUCUUAAAGACUUAUUGUUUGGAGUACCAGGAAAGUAUAGUGGGGUGAACCUCUAUACUAGGAAGAGAAUGGUGUCUUAUACCAUUACCCUGGUCUUCCAGAAUUACCAUUCCAGGUAUCUGAAUAGCCUUCGGGCCCGACUAAAGCUGUUGCACCCUAGCCCCAACUGUAGUCUUCGGGAGGAGAAUCUGGUGCAUGUGCAUUUCAAGGAAGAAAUUGGUAUUGCUGAGCUCAUUCCCCUCGUCACCACCUACAUCAUCCUCUUUGCCUACAUUUACUUCUCUACAAGGAAGAUAGACAUGGUGAAAUCUAAGUGGGGAUUGGCAUUGGCAGCAGUGGUGACUGUCCUUAGCUCUCUGCUAAUGUCUGUGGGACUGUGUACACUCUUUGGCUUGACACCAACCCUCAAUGGCGGAGAGAUUUUUCCCUACCUGGUGGUGGUAAUUGGAUUGGAGAAUGUGUUGGUUCUUACAAAGUCAGUGGUAUCUACUCCAGUGGACCUUGAAGUGAAGCUGCGAAUUGCUCAAGGCUUAAGCAAUGAGAGUUGGUCUAUCAUGAAGAACAUGGCAACAGAACUAGGCAUCAUCCUCAUUGGAUAUUUCACCCUGGUUCCUGCUAUUCAGGAAUUUUGUCUCUUUGCUGUAGUGGGCCUUGUCUCUGACUUCUUCCUGCAGAUGUUGUUCUUUACCACCGUUCUGUCUAUUGACAUUCGUCGAAUGGAGCUAGCUGAUCUAAAUAAACGGCUGCCCCCAGAAGUCUGUCUGCACCCAGCAAAGCCUACAGGACGGGGCCACAGAUAUGAGCGGCAGUUGGCCAUGCGACCCUCGACACCUCACACGAUCACCUUACAGCCGUCAUCCUUCAGAAAUCUUCGUCUCCCCAAGAGGUUACGUGUCAUCUAUUUCUUGGCCCGGACCCGGCUGGCCCAGAGACUAAUCAUGGUUGGCACCGUGAUUUGGAUUGGCAUACUGGUGUAUACAGACCCCGCUGGGCUACGCACUUACUUAACAGCUCAGGUGACAGAGCAGAGCCCCUUAGGGGAGACAGGACUGCCCCCAAUGCCUGUGCCAGGUGGGGUGCUGCCUGCAGGUGACCCCAAGAGUACUUUUUCCAUCUUCCCACCGGAUGCUCCCAAGCUAGCAGAGAAUCAGACCCUGCCUUGGGAAUCCCCUGAGGUUCAGGAGCCUCAGGACCAUCUGGAGGGGGCUCCUCACAGCAGCCUGCUGGACAUAGGCCCUGCCCCAGAGGUGACAUGGGGACCAGAAGAUGAAGAACUCUGGAGGAAAUUAUCCUUUCGCCAUUGGCCAUCCCUUUUCAGUUACUACAAUAUCACUUUGGCUAAGAGGUACAUCAGCCUCCUUCCUGUGAUUCCUGUCACCCUCUACUUGAACCCUCAAGAGGUUCAGCACCAACAGGAGGCUCCACAUUACUGGCCUCUUAAGCCCCCAAACUCUGGAACUGCCCAAGAGGAAGGCCAAAGAAAAGCAUUUGAAAGUCCCAGUAGGGCCCAGGUCCAUGGAGAUGUCACUCUGUACAAGGUAGCUGCUCUAGGUCUGGCUUCUGGUAUCUUGUUGGUGCUUUUGCUCUUCUGCCUCUAUCGGGUAUUUUGCCCCAAGAACUAUGGACAGCACGGAUCCUCUCAUGGCCGUCGGAAGCGUGGGGACCUCCCCUGUGAUGACUACGGCUACUCCCCACCCGAGACUGAGAUCAUUCCUCUUGUCCUUCGGGGGCAUCUCAUGGACAUUGAAUGCCUAGCAAGUGAUGGGAUGCUCCUGGUGAGCUGCUGCCUAGUAGGACAGAUCCGGGUCUGGGAUGCACAGACUGGAGACUGCCUUACGUUGAUCCCCAAGCAAGGACUUCGAAGGGACAGUGGUGGUGUGUUUGACUCCCAAGAGAGCUGGGAGCAGCUAUCGGAUGGGGGGAAAGGAAGCCCCGAGGAGCUUGGAGACACCUCCCAGUUGCGGCGCCUCCUGGGUCCCCCACAGCCUCCUCUCUUUGGUGACCAGCCUGACCUGACCUGCCUCAUUGACACCAACUUUUCUGAGCAGCCCCAACUCCCACCUUUAGAGUCUUCUCAGCCUGAGCCAAGGCACCGCACUGGCUGUAGACGACCUGGCUAUGAUUUCAGCCGAUUGGUGCAGCGGGUAUACCAAGAGGAGGGGCUGAGCCCUGCCCCCUUACCAGCCCUAGGACCCCCUUCCCCAGUUCCUUCUUCAUUCCAUUGCCCUGAGGAUGAAGCCUGCUCUCAUCUCGAGAAGGGGUCACCCAUCCCCACAUGGACUCCCGACACAGAGAGCUCUGUCUGGAGCCUGGACCUGCAGGGGAACCUCAUCGUGGCUGGGCGCAGCAAUGGCAGGCUGGAGGUGUGGGACGCCAUCGAGGGCACCCUUCGCUGCAGCAAUGACGAGGUCACCUCGGGCAUCACUGCCCUUGUGUUCCUGAAUAAGAGGAUUGUGACUGCCCGGCUCAGUGGGUCCCUUGAUUUCUUCUCCUUAGAGACUCAUACAGUCCUUAGCCAUUUGCAGUUUCGAGGGACUCCAGGCCGGGGCAGUGCCCCCUCAUCCCCCGUGUACAGCAACAGUGAUACCAUAAUAUGCCACCUCACCCACACGGUGUCCUGUGCCCACCAGAAACCCAUAACGGCCCUGAAGGCCGCUGCUGGUCGUGUGGUGACUGGGAGCCAGGACCACACUCUGAGAGUGUAUCGACUGGAGGACUCCUGCUGCCUCUUCACCCUGCAGGGCCAUUCCGGGGCCAUUACAGCUGUGUACAUUGACCAGACGAUGGUGCUGGCCAGUGGGGGGCAGGAUGGAGCCAUCUGCCUUUGGGACGUUCUGACAGGUAGUCGGGUAAGCCAUAUGUUUGCACACCGUGGGGAUGUCACCUCUCUCACCUGCACCACCUCCUGCAUCAUCAGCAGUGGCCUGGAUGACCUCAUUAGCAUCUGGGACCGAUCCACUAGCAUCAAGCUCUACUCUAUUCAGCAGGACAUGGGGUGUGGGUCCAGCCUGGGUGUCAUCUCGGACAACUUGCUGGUCACCGGAGGCCAGGGCUGUGUCUCCUUCUGGGAUCUAAACUAUGGGGACCUGCUGCAAACCGUCUACUUGGGCAAAAGCAGCGAGGCGCAGCCCGCCCGCCAGAUUCUUGUGCUGGACAAUGCAGCCGUCGUCUGCAACUUUGGCAGUGAGCUAAGCCUGGUAUAUGUGCCCUCGGUGCUGGAGAAGCUGGACUGAACCGGAGUUCAUGCUGGGCCCGAGCAUCCUCUCCAGAGUCUCCAUAGCAGCCCUGGACUGGAGGUGACCCAACUGUGGUGACCAGGCUUGGAGCAGGAGGGGAGUAGUCCACCUUACUGGUGGUCAGGGGAGGACAGCUGUUGGUAAGCUUCUAUCCCACUAAGGGCACCGUGUGCCCUGCUAACUGGUGACCUGGCUAGGCAGAGGGGCCCUUCAUUCUGCCUGUCAUCUCCGGCUCUCCCUUUCCCCAUUAGUGGGACCAAAGCUGUAGUACCAGAGGGUGAAGGAGAGAGAGGGUUGGCUGGGUUUGUCCUUGGGACUUUUCAGUGACUUCCCACCUUGCCAGUUCCCUCUUCUUAAAUAAACUUUUUUUAAAUCAUGUAA